AUGCUCGCAUCCGGCUCGCCUUCAACAGGCGGCCGCAAACCUGCCGCCCAACCCGAGAAGAAAUACAAGUGCCAGUUCUGCAAUCGCGCCUUCAGCCGCAGCGAGCACCGCAGCAGACACGAGCGAUCGCAUACCAAGGAACGCCCCUUCAAAUGCCUCAAGUGCCGAAGCACCUUUGUCCGUCGUGACCUCUUGCUGCGACACGACCGUACCGUUCACGCCAAGGAUGGCGGCGUGCCGCUCCACAGCGAGGUCAAGCGCCGUGCCGCGCCGAAGCCCGCCGAGAUGUCGCAAGCCGGUCCCUCCAAGCCGUCGAUCGGUCUAGACACCGCGACCCUCGAACAGAUCGAAGCGAGCAGUGAUGGCAUGGUUGACAUUGAGACUGCUGCCAUGCUGGUCACAGACUUCCACCACAAAGCCAUGGCUAGCCAGGAACCAGAGCCUAUGAUCCAUGAACCAGAAACGGUCAUGUCGCCUCAUGGCCCCGCGCUCCUCGAGCCCUCUGUCGGCUACCCAUCUGGGCCCGUCUCCCUCCCGCAGAUGCCCAUGUGGGAUUCCAUGCUGCCUCACCCUGUCUCGGAAGGCAAAUCGCACUCCAUCUCGUCGAGCAUGUCUGGAUCGCAAGAGUCGCAUAUGACCUUCAACACCGCCGGCACCGUCCAAGGACAUCCAAACCAGCUGGCGCCCAUCAUGGAGCGACAAGGCUCGGGAACUGACGGCCUCGCUCCCUCCUUCCCGUCCCUGCAGAGCUCACUCCAGGGCUCUGGCCUCGGUACCCCGGGCGCUCUGUCGCCGUAUCCCCUGAUGGGACCCGUCUCCCCCGUCGAUUACCGCAGGUCUCCUGGCCCCAGUCAAGCAUUGACCAUGGCGAAGGCACCGCAAAUUGAAGGGGACGAGGCUUGUGUCAAGAUACUCGAGAACAUCAAGCGUUGCGACAGCGAAGGAAUCCUUCUGGAUACCUUCCAACUGCCUAGUGUGACCUUGCUGAACAGAUACCUCUCGACCUACUUCAACCUGUUCCACCACCACCUGCCCUUCCUUCAUCCUGCGUCUUACAAUCCCACCGAGAUCUCUGCUCCUUUACUGCUGGCCGUGCUCUCAAUCGGCGCCCUAUACACCUUUGACCAAGACCAGGCUUACAUGCUGCACAUUGGCGCCAAAGUCCUCGUCAACCAGUUCCUGCAGAACAAGGAAAACUUCAGUUCGCGUAAAUGCCCUCUCUGGACGAUGCAGAGCACGCUCCUUAACAUGAUAUUCGCAAGCUGGAGCGGCGAUCCCAAGGGAUUGGAAUGGGCCUGUUCCAUCAAGAGUCUGCUCGCCAACAUGGUUGCCGGCAAUCGCUAUGAGCUCAAGCUUCGUUCCGAGGCCCGCGAUGGUGCGCAUCCCACGCACAAGGAGUGGAUUGAAGACGAGCAAUGCCGCCGUACCUAUUAUGCGGUGUACAUUUUCUUUGGGCUUCUGACCAUGACCUACAACCACACGCCUGCAAUCAGCUUCAACGAGUUCGACAACCUGGAGCUACCCUCUUCCGAAACGCUGUGGAACGUGGAUCCUUCCGAUGACGACUCUUGGCGCGACAAUCUCGCAGCUUCAAACGAUAUCACCUUCCGCGAGGCACACGACAACCUUUUCCAAGGAGAGACCGCCCGCUACAGUGCCUUCGCGACUCGUGUCAUGAUCAACGCGCUUUUCCUCGAGGUUUGGUACCACAAGCGCAGCCCGGAGGCUCUCCAGGAUGUCGUGACUGAGUACAAGUUGCGACUUGCUCUUGAGACCUGGGAGAAGUCGCUUGAGAUUUGCGAACCGGAGACUGUUGUUGUCAAGCUCAGUGCGCCGCACAAGGGCCACCCGCUCAUCUUCAAUGCCAUGGCCGUGCACCGCAACGCUCGCGCUCGCCUUCUCGUCGAUCUCAAGUCUGUGCAGGAAGCCCUUCGUUAUCAUGAUUCAUAUGAGGUUGCAGCUUCCAUGACCAACGCACGAGACAAGGUCAAGCGUUCUCAGGAGAUGAUCAAGGUCAUUGAAGAAUGUUUCGAAUGCAUCGAGGUUGCUGCGUUGCAGGGUAUUCGCUGGGUGGCUCGUACGUCAGCUACUAACUGGAGCAUUGAGCAUCCGCUUUGCGGCAUGGAUCUGAUGGUCAUCCUUACGCUGUGGCUCUAUCGCCUGGAACAUGACGAAGAGCCCGCGACCGAGGAGGAACUCGCCAUGUACAACAAGCUUCGGAACCUCUUUGACGACGAUUCCGUGGAUGUUUACGGUGCCAAGUUGAGCUCGACUGUGGCGCGUCUCUGGGGUAGUAUGAUUGAUGAAGUCGUCGUUUGGGGUAUCACCAAACUCAUGGGUGAAGCUUUCAAGCUCCACUCGCAGGCUCUCGUAGGCUACGAAGAUGCCAUGUCGUCCCGUUCCGGAUCGCCCACUCCUUCGAUUCCGACCCAACCUGUGCACUCCCUGGAGAUGCAGGCGGCAUACUAG